AUGGCCUGCACUCUUUUCGAUACAAUCUUUUCCCACCUGUACGGCGAUUCGAUGCACACUUUGCGGUUGAAUGUCAACCACCAGAGGGCUUUGCUUGGACACCUUCGCAUUCGGUUGAUCGUCCAUCUGAUCGAAUGUAUCGUCAGGAGAGCCCAGCCUUCUGCCAAGAUCAGGUUCAAGGACUUCUCGAGCUCACUCACGGUCCCAACAUUUGUCACGGGGUCGCAAAGCUUUGGCGAGUGA